AUGGUCCUCAAGCUCUACGGCGCAACCGGCGCGACGUGCACCAAGCGCGUCCGCAUCGUCCUCGAGGAGCUCGCCACCCCCUACGAGCUCAUCGCCGUCAACGUCGCCGCGGGCGAGCACAAGGCCCCCGCGUACCUCGCCAACCAGCCGUUCGGCCAGAUCCCGUACAUCGACGACGACGGCUUCACGCUCUUCGAGUCCCGCGCCAUCUGCCGCUACCUCGCGCUCAAGUACGGCGGCGUCGCGGCCGGGCUCGUUCCCGCCGCGGGCGACCUCGAGGCCGUCGCGCGGUUCGAGCAGGCGGCGUCGGUCGAGAUGUCGAACUUUGACUCGAGCGCGAGCAAGCUCGCGUUCGAGAACCUGUUCAAGCCGAUGUUCGGGCAGACGACGGACACUGAGGCCGUCAAGGCACUCAUCCCGGUGCUCGAGGGCAAGAUCGCGGGCUACGAGACCAUGCUUGGGAAGACCAAGUACCUCGCUGGCGAUGUGGUGACGAUCGCGGACCUGUUCCACCUCCCGUACGGGUCCCUGCUCGCGCAGCAGAAGAUCGACUUUCUCGAGAGCGAGAAGUACCCGAACGUGGCGCGUUGGUGGAAAGAGGUGUCGUCGCGUCCGUCGUGGAAGAAGGUGACCUCUGCUUGA